AUGGUUCGAAUGGGUUUAGGUGUUCCUCAAAUGCCUUCUAUGCCCGAUAUGGAUAUGUCAUUUGCAACAAGUUCAGCGGAUUCUAAAGCUGAGUCUGUUUCUCGAUCUAGUUCAGACACUACUGGUUCCGGUUCUGGUUCUGGUUCUGGCACUAGCUCUAGCUCUAGCUCUAGCUCUAGCUCUAGCUCAGCUUCCGAUUCUGGUUCUGAGUCUGAUUCUAGUAAGACCAAAACAGGAAAUAAUGGAUUAGAAGACACUCAAUCUAGCUCUAGUUCUAGUUCGAGCUCCGCUCUGAUUCUAACUCGUUCUUCGGCUGGGUCUAUUUCUGAUUCUAGCUCAGCAUCAGGUAGUGAGACAAAGACAGAAGAUAAUAAUGGAUCAGGAGUCAUUCCAAUGAUUGGUUCAACUAUUGGUAAAAUGAUGAAGACAGUUAAAAAUGGUUUGAAAUCAAUGACUGAUUCAGGAUCUAGUUCAGAAAGUUCAGACACUGAAUCUAGUUCUGCCUCUGCUUCUGAAUCUAGUUCUGGUUCUAGUUCUGCUUCAAAUUCUGGUACUAAUAAUGAUAAUGAUGAUUCUGGUUCUUCUAACUCUGUUUCUGGUUCUAGCUCGAAAUCAAGUAGUAAGAGCAAUACUGAAACAGAAGAUAAUAAUGGAUUAGGAAUGAUUCCUACUAGUAUGAUUGGUUCAACCAUUGAGGAUAUGAUGAAAACAGUUAAAAGUAGUACUAGUAGCGCAACAUCAAUGACUAACUCUAUGGCUAAUACUGAUUCUGGCGAUAGAAACGGUUCUGAGUCAAGUUCAAGCUCAAGUUCAGGAUCAUCCAGUGAUUCAGGCUCUAACGAUAAAAAAAGUUUACCCGCUAAAUCUUCCGAUAGUUCUGCUGCUGCUUCAUCAUCUACCAGUGAUAAAUCGAAAUCAGGUAAAGCUCCUAAAUCCAACAAUGGAUCGGGUUCCGGUUCUAGAUCAGGAUCAACUUCAACUUCAGGAUCAACUAGUGACUCAGAUUCUAACAAUCAAGGAAAUGCAAGUUCGGCCGCUCAAUCUUCCACUGGUUCUGCUGCUUCAUCAUCUACCAGUGAUAAAUCAAAAUCAGGUAAAUCCUAAAUCCUCCACAGGAUCUGGUUCCGGUUCAAGUUCAACUUCCACUUCAGGAUCAACCAGUGGUUCAGAUACUAACAAUCAAGGAAAUACAAGUUCGUCCGCUCAAUCUUCCACUGGCUCUUCUGCUUCAUCAUCUAACAAUAAUGCAUCAAAAUCAGGUAAAGGUCCUAAAUCAAGCACUGGAUCGGGUUCAGGUUCUAGUUCAGGAUCAACUUCAACUUCCACUUCAGGAUCAAGUGCUUCUGGUUCUAGCUCUAAUUCUGGCUCUGGUGGAAAUUCAAAAGGACCCUCAAAUAGUGUAACUAAAUCAUUUUCAUCUUCAAAGUCCACCACAAACAAUAACGGAAAAGGAUAUGCCACAGGUUCAGGAUCAUCUCCAUCAGGAUCACCAAAACAAGGUAAAGGUAAACCAAUACCAACUGGACCUAAUCCAUCUUCGAGCUCUUCUUCUGCAACUUCUAUGGCAAACGCCAAUUCAGUUUCCAAGCAAAACUCAAAUCCAAAAGGUCAAUCAGAUUCUGAAAUCAUGAGUAUUAAAACCCCAGUCAUGUCUGUAGGUGUAUCAGCGUCCGCCUUGGCUUUAUAAAUGAAACUUUUCUUGUCUAUGUUUUAAGAAAACCGUUAAUAAUUAAUAAUAAAUGCAAAAUAUCAUA